GACGUCGCUGCUGCGUCACUUCCACCCAGGCCUCACGUCCACGCUCCGCACCCCGAGCUGUCAUCGUUUUACCGGGAGAGGCGAAGGGCAUCCUGGAUACCCGGCCGAGAGGGGAGCCGCUGCAACUCGUUUAUCGAGUGGACAAAUAAACCAGUGGACAGUGGAUGUUUGAUUCCUCCCUCUCUGAUCUGGGACUGACCCUGCUGGAGUGAUUUUUUUUAAAAUCUGUUCUUCAUUCUGAGGUUGAGGACGUCCGGCCCGUCGGCCUGACCACCGCCACCGUGUGUGUGACAUUUUAAGGACUGCUAAUGCAUCGUUUAAGGACUUGUGCGGCGCGAUUGCGUCCGCUAACUGCCUCACAGGCGGCUCAGACUGUCGGCCAGCAACGGCCAAUCACAGUCGCCUCCACAGGUGGCACAAGGACGUUUCAGCCAAUCAGGUGCUACACUGCACCUGUGGCCUCUGAGCCGUUCCUGAACGGGACGAGCUCUAACUACGUGGAGGAGAUGUACUACGCUUGGUUGGAGGACCCCAAGAGUGUUCACAAGUCGUGGGAUGUAUUUUUCAGGAAUGCUAACGCCGGUGCUCCUCCGGGUGCAGCGUACCAGUCUCCUCUGGGUCUGGCUUCAGCUCCUCAGCUCUCCUCUCUGGUCGGAGCUCAGCCCAACGUGGAGAAGCUGGUGGAGGAUCACCUGGCUGUCCAGUCCCUCAUCAGGGCCUACCAGAUCCGGGGGCACCAUGUGGCCCAGUUGGACCCCCUCGGCAUCAUGGACGCUGACUUGGACUCGUGUGUCCCCACUGACAUUAUCACCUCCUCCGACAAGCUGGACGUUGCUGUGUUCAAGGAGAGGCUGAAAAUCCUAACGGUAGGAGAGUCAGAUUGCCCCUCCCAUAUUAGUGUCGGCUGCAGACAGAGGGGCUUCUACGGUCUGGAUGAGUCGGACCUUGAUAAGGUGUUCCGGCUGCCCACCACCACCUUCAUCGGCGGCUCAGAGAGCGCCCUGCCGCUGAAGGAGAUCAUCCGCCGAUUGGAGAUGGCGUACUGUCAGCACAUCGGCGUGGAGUUCAUGUUCAUCAACGACCUGGAGCAGUGUCAGUGGAUCAGACAGAAGUUUGAGACUCCAGGAGUGAUGCAGUUCACUCUGGAGGAGAAGAGGACGCUGCUGGCCCGCAUGGUCCGCUCCACCAGGUUUGAGGAGUUCCUGCAGAAGAAGUGGUCUGCAGAGAAACGUUUCGGUCUGGAGGGCUGCGAGUCUCUGAUCCCUGCUCUGAAGACCAUCAUCGAUAAAUCCUCUGAGAACGGCGUGGAGAACGUCAUCAUGGGCAUGCCUCACAGGGGUCGUCUGAAUGUUUUGGCCAACGUGAUCCGUAAAGAACUGGAGCAGAUUUUCUGUCAGUUCGACUCCAAACUGGAAGCUGCUGACGAGGGCUCUGGUGAUGUGAAAUACCAUCUGGGAAUGUACCAUCGUCGUAUCAACCGUGUGACAGACAGAAACAUCACCCUGUCUCUGAUGGCGAACCCGUCUCACCUGGAGGCCGUGGAUCCCGUGGUGCAAGGAAAGACCAAGGCUGAGCAGUUUUACUGCGGAGACAACGACGGCAACCGGGUGAUGUCCGUCCUGCUCCAUGGAGACGCAGCGUUUGCCGGUCAGGGCAUCGUCUACGAAACCUUCCAUCUGUCUGACCUGCCGUCAUACACCACACACGGCACCGUGCACGUCGUCGUCAACAACCAGAUCGGGUUCACCACAGACCCUCGUGUGGCUCGCUCGUCUCCGUAUCCGACUGACGUCGCUCGAGUCGUCAACGCUCCCAUCUUCCACGUCAACGCAGACGACCCCGAGGCUGUCAUCUACGUCUGCAAGGUCGCCGCCGAGUGGAGGGCCACGUUCCACAAAGACGUGGUGGUCGACCUGGUGUGUUACCGUCGUAUGGGUCACAACGAGAUGGAUGAGCCGAUGUUCACUCAGCCGCUGAUGUACAAACAGAUCAAGAAGCAGAAGCCGGUUCUGCAGAAAUACGCAGAGAAGCUGAUCGCAGAGGGAGCCGUCAGCAGGCAGGAGUACGAGGAGGAGAUCGCCAAAUACGAUAAGAUCUGUGAGGAGGCGCAUGCUCGCUCCAAAGACGAGAAAAUCCUCCACAUCAAGCACUGGCUGGACUCCCCAUGGCCCGGUUUUUUCACUCUGGACGGUCAGCCCAAGUCCAUGAGCUGCCCCUCCACCGGUCUGACUGAAGAGAGCCUGAACCACAUCGGACAGGUGGCCUCGUCUGUACCUGUGGAGGACUUCACCAUCCACGGAGGUCUGAGUCGUAUCCUGAAGGGUCGGGCUGAGAUGGUUCGUAACCGGACCGUUGACUGGGCUCUGGGAGAGUACAUGGCCUUCGGGUCUCUGCUGAAGGAGGGAACUCACAUCAGGCUGUCGGGACAGGACGUGGAGCGAGGAACGUUCAGCCACCGUCAUCACGUCCUCCACGAUCAGAAUGUGGACAAGAGGAUCUGUAUCCCCAUGAACCACAUCGCUCCUGACCAGGCGCCGUACACCGUCUGCAACAGCUCUCUGUCCGAGUACGGAUGCCUCGGUUUUGAGUUGGGUUUUGCGAUGGCGAGUCCGAACGCUCUGGUCCUGUGGGAGGCUCAGUUUGGAGACUUCCACAACACGGCUCAGUGCAUCAUCGACCAGUUCAUCUGCCCCGGUCAGGCCAAGUGGGUCCGCCAGAACGGCAUCGUGCUGCUGCUGCCGCACGGCAUGGAGGGCAUGGGCCCAGAACAUUCUUCAGCUCGUCCAGAGAGAUUCCUCCAGAUGUGCAACGACGACCCCGACGUCAUGCCGGCCCUCACUGAUGACUUUGCGGUCCGUCAGCUCUACGACUGUAACUGGAUCGUGGUGAACUGUGCUUCCCCUGGAAACUACUUCCACGUCCUCAGACGACAGAUCCUCCUGCCGUUCAGGAAGCCUCUGAUCGUCUUCACCCCCAAAUCUCUGCUGCGUCACCCCGAGGCCAGAUCCAGCUUUGACGAGAUGCUGCCUGGAACUCACUUCCAGAGGUUGAUCCCUGAAGGAGGCGUUGCUGCCCAGCGUCCAGAGGAGGUGAAGAGGCUGAUUUUCUGCACAGGGAAGGUUUACUACGAGCUGACCAAAGAGAGGAAGAACAGAGGCAUGGCGGACACUGUGGCCAUCGCACGCGUGGAGCAGCUGUCUCCGUUCCCCUUCGAUCAGGUGAAGGCGGAGUCUGAGCGUUUCCACAACGCCGACCUGGUGUGGUGUCAGGAGGAGCACAAGAACCAGGGUUACUAUGACUACGUGAAGCCCCGCAUCAGGACCACCAUCCAGAGAGCCAAACCUGUGUGGUACGCUGGCAGGGGGCCGGCGGCAGCUCCGGCUACAGGAAACAAAAACACUCACCUGAUGGAGCUGCGACGUUUGCUGGACAACGCCUUCGGCCUCGACGCAUUCAAAGAUCAAGAGUAAAGCCGCGACUUCUGACCCCUGACCUGCAACAUCUGGAUCAAACUCUCACCUGUCUGACCUUUGACCCCAACUCUACCGGAUUCAGUUGUGACACGCACACUGCAUCGACACACGCACAAAAACAAACAUUAUAUCUCAUGGUAGGGUUUGCAAACAUUACAUGAUCUUAAACUGCACAAUCUGCAAAUACUCCACAGAGACGUCAGCCUCUUUAGUACACAGUGCAUCCAAACUACAAACAGAUUAUCAACAAGUCUGCGUUUAUUUAAUGUAUUCCAAUCAGGUUAUUUAUAAAUCUGCUUUUAUUUCAGCAGAUUUUAAACUAGAAAAAAUAAGAUUUUCUGACAAAACAAUGUGCUGUUGGCAAAUAAAUGUACGCUCUACGUUAUAAACAGCAGACUCAAACCUUCUUUUGUUGUUUCUCUUAACUUAAGUGCAGUUCUCUGUGCACUCUGAAUUCUGUCAAAUGUAAAGGUUCAAACUGAAGAGGUUUGUCUGAUUUAAAUAUUGACAGUUUCCUCAUUUUGACUCAUUUUCUACACGUUCUGUCACCAGAUGAAUGAACCAGAGAACGUCAGAGAACACGCAGAUGUUCUUUUACCAGCAGUCAGAUUCAGAAAUUAAGUUUAUUCUGUUUCUGCAGAAACUAAUCCGCCUCCCUGCAUCAUUAAACACGGCCUCUUGUGCGUGAUGAUGUUGGGGAAACGUUUGUUUGUGAUCGGCUGUUCACGUACUUUAGGCCUUGUGAUAGUUUGUGGUCAGGCUGACGUUUGGACACGUACGGUUAACGCAGAACACACCAUGUACUAUAAGUGCAUACUGAUGUUUGAAGUUAAAAUUCACUGUGUACUAUUGAACUACAAAAAUACUCUGAGUUAAGCAUCAGUGCGGUUUGUCUCGGUAGCUCAGCGCCAGGCUCAACUCCACUGCAGUAACUUUCCGAGCAUCGAGUUUUCUCUUGAGGUUUUUUAAUGUUCAUCAGCGUCUGAGUGUCGCUGUGAAAGAAUAGACAGUUAAUUGAAAAUAAAUCAUCAAAUCUGAUAUGUGAGAGUACUCUUGUUGCUCUGGAAAUCACUGUCAUUGUAUCAAUAGAGAAAUGUGUGUAUUUAAGGCGUGAAGACUCAAGCUCUUUCAGCUGCUUUCGGACUUAAUUGCUGAUUUAAAAAUUGUCCGGAUUUAGAUGUUGUUGUGUUUUUUGAGAUUUCAGACGUACUGCAUGAUCAGAAAGGUUUGAAAACAACUGCAGCUAGACAAGAAAAUCCCCUGAAUUUACUCUGACUAUAUUCAGCGACAUUUUUAAUGAAGUUUGGUCUGAUUCAUGAAUUCUAGAUUUCAGUAGGGAACGGUUUUUUAAAAGCUCUGUGCUGCAGACGUGACUCAGUCUGUGGUGAAAAUGUUGUGAUGAGGCAACGAGCGAGAAACAGCAGAGACAUUAGAGGCGACGUCUGAGCCGAUGUUGCUAAAGAAUAGUUUCAAUCCAUUGAUGGAGCGGAGCCUGAUACUUAAGGUUGGAAACACACACACAUUCCUCCGUCCACACACACAUCUACGUAUCAGCAGGUCAGCAGUUCAGUCUACACACACACACACACGCAGGAUCAUUACUCGAUAAUCAUCUUCUUCACCUGAAACGUUGCAGGAGAUCUUUUGUUUUUAUUUUUGAAUAAACGGCUCGUUAGCAUCGUUAGCACGCCCCGUGAAAAGCGAAUGGGAGCUGGGCUAUCUGUGGGAAAAGUGGGUGUCAUAACUUGAGGAUUGGAUUCAGUACAGCAGGUGGAGGGUUUUCUGCCUUCCAGCAGGUGUGUAAGCUCGUUAAGGUAAAGUCUGUAAUUAGUCACCACGGCAACGCUUAACUAGCACACUGAGAUUUUGUUGUUUUUCUUUGUUUCGAAGGGAUAUUUUGGGAGUAAAAAUGGCCGCGUUUUGCGCUAUCAGGCGUCCCUACAUGAACCAAAUGCACUGCUGAUUAUAAUUUAACCCCCCGGCUUCUGCCUCUCUUCUUCUCUUCUCUCUUACUCUCUCUCUCUCUCUGGAGCAUUUACCCCGUGCCAAAAUGGAUCGGAGCGUCUCGUGUUUUUAUUAUUUGACUCGCAGCUGAAUGAACUCUGUCAGCAGGAAACAAAAUCUCCUGGUUUGAAAAAAAUAGUAAAAACAAAACGACAACAGAAGAUUUGAAAAUAAAUCGGCUGCAGGUGGCGUUCUGGGCUUCUGUGAGACAAAGAAAAUGAUUUAUUUAUUUUCAUAAUAGGGGAUUGUAAUUCUCUUCAUUACUUUGCUUCAUUCAAUAAAGAAUCCUGUAUGUACUGAA